AUGUUCGGCGGGGGUGAUCGGGCGGCUUCGCGCCGCCUCCCGACUCGAGCGGGCGACGAGCCCUCAGCAGCAGCCCUCGUGUCAGACGCGGUGGCGGCGCUGAAUGGCCUGGCGUCAGCGCGGAUCGGCCGACCACUGCAAGCGCGGCGGUCGCGGCCAGCAGAGCGAGAGGUCACGUCGGCUCAGCAGUCGAUUCUGGACCGUGUCGCGGAGCGGGUAGACGACCAGUUUCCUGCCCCUCCAGAUGCUAGUUUUUCUUCGGCGCUUCCGGACCUCCUGAAGUGCGCGGACAUGUAUUUGACGAGCGAGUCCUCCAGCCGGGUCCCCAUCCAGCUGGAGCGGCUCAAGAUUUUGCAGAACAGCACGACGCCCAAGGAAGCCCUGGAUGUGGUCGGCGCGGACGCCCGCAAGCUGCUGGCGGACCCCUGGCGCUACAUCGAGCGGCGGGCCAACGACGUGGAGGCGGACGGUCCACCUCCUCGACCAUACACCGACCCCAGACUUCGGUUCAGCCGCAAGCUGAUGAAGGAGCUCGUGCUCACCCUCCACCGGGGCAACCUCGUGGUCUUCCGGCCCUCGGUGAAGGCAUUCAUCGGCCUCUUCACGGUUGUCAAGAAGGACGGCUGGUGGCAGCGGCUUAUCGUCGACGCCCGCGUGCCGAACCAUUGGCACCGGCGGCCGCCGCACUCGUACCUGGCGACGCCGGGGGCGGCUUCCGCUCUCGACCUGAGCGAUGCCGCGCUGGAGCCUGGGGCCGCUGGCUCGCUUGAGCUGUGCGGCGCCGCGGUCGACCUGCAGGACGGGUUCUACCAGCUGAGCUUCAAGGUGAUGAGCGACUGGUUCGGCAUCGAUUGUCGGAUGACCGCUGCCGAGGCGGGGAUCACGCAGGUCUUCGACGUCGUGGACGGAGUCGGCACUUGGCUGCCCGUCGCGGCCAAGGACCCCGUGUGGCCGUGUUUUUGUGGCGUGCCCAUGGGGUGGACCUGGGCGCUCUUCAUCUGCCACUCAGCCUUGACUGACGCCAUGGUCGAGUCCCUCGUGCGCGUGAUGCGCUGCGAUCGCGGUCUGGCCGAGGCUCAGCUGCUCCGCGACGGGCAGCCCGCGCCCCGGCUGGCCAAGGGGCGCCCGGUCGCAGCGCCGUACGUGGACAAUGGGAACUUGCUGUGUUUCGACCGCGAGGAUGCUGCCGUGUUCUACGGCUCGAUGGUGGCCGUCCUCAGCGAGCGGGGCUUCACGCUGCGGGACAACGUGGAGUGCGACGCGAACCUCGACAUGGUGGGGUUCGAGCUGCAGGGCGCCAAGUUCGUCUGGAGGCAGCGGCGGUCUCGGUUCUGGCGGUUGUGGCACGCGCUGCGGCAGCUGGAGCUCCGGGGCGGCUGCACGGGGGAGGUGAUGCGCAUCAUCCUCGGCCACCUGGUCAACUUCUUCAUGCUCUCGCGGCCCGCCCUCAGCGUGUUGUCGCAGUUGUACGUUUUUAGCACUGAGAACCUCGGGCGCUACCGACGGUUUGACGGCCAUGUUCGAGGGGAGCUGGUCACCUGCCGCGGCUUGUUAGCCCUCGUUCGCAGUCGGCUGCGGCCGCGCCAUUACCCAGUCGCCUUUUGCUCGGAUGCCUCGACGCGGGGCUACGCGAUCCACAGUGGGCAGAUCGACCCCCACCUGCUGUACGACGUCUGCCGCUGGCGAGAGCGCUGGCGAUUCACCGUCGCGGAGGAGGACGAGGGGCCCGGCAUCGACGGGGCUCAGACCGGCCUGGACGCCGACUUCCGCGAGCUGGGCGCCGACCUGGACAUCGAGGACGGCGACUGGGAUCGGAGGGGCGACCGCGCAGUUCCCGUGCGGCGCGCCCCGCGGGUCAGCAGCCUGGUGCCAGCCGAGGCCCUGCGGGCUGCCGAGCUCGGCCUCCCGCACCCCAGGGUCACGGGGAUCGUGCCCGCGCUGCCGGACACGCUGGUGGCGCCGACGCGCUGGCGGCGGCUUCUGGUUGGCGCUUGGCAGCGCCGCGAGGCGAUCCACAUGAAGGAGGCGAGGAUCGCGCUGGUGGGGCUGUACCACGCCGUCCGGGACCCUGCCAGCCACGGAGGCGUGGUCUUGUCGCUGGGCGAUAACCUCUCGGAGGUCCUCGCCACCGAGCGGGGCCGGGCGCAUGACCCCGCCCUCAACUCAGUGUGCCGCCGGGCAGCGGCGGUCGAGCUCGGAGCCGAGGUGCGGUGGGUUCGCCGCUACGUGGAGACGGACCGCAACCCCACGGACUCGGACUCCAGGCUCGCGGAGCAGGGGAUCCUGGCGCCGGGCGAGUCGCUGCGCGGGGGCCGCCUUGCCGCCCGGCUGGGGCGCCUGCGCGAGGGCGCGUGCUGCCCCGACCGCGUGCCCGAUGGCACCCCGCGCGCCGCCGCGAGCUCGACGGCGGCGCCGGCGCCUCCCGCGGGCCCCCAGCGCCGGCCACUGUGCCCUGGCGCACGGGGGCCGUCGCGUCGGCGCGACCGCGCUGGGGUGCUGGAGAUCUUCGGCGGGAGCUGCAGGUUCUCUGGCGCGUGCGCGGCGGCUGGCCUCCGCAUCCUGCGCCCUAUCGAUGUCUCGGCCGGGAUGUGCCAUCGGUGUGGGGUCUCCGUGUCGCUCGAGAACCCUAGGUCUUCGAGGCUCCUGAAGUACCCGCCCCUCGUUAACAUCUUCGAGAAACUGGGCUGCGUGUCGUUCGAGUAUCACUGUUGUCGCUAUGGGGCUCCUUACCUUAAGCCGACCGUGUUCGUGACGAACGUCCCGUCCUUGAGUGUCAUUGAGAGGGCCUGUGUGUGCAUUGUACCCCAUGGACGACUAGAAGGUAAAGUAAAGAUCCCAGAUGAGACAGGCAAACUAGUUUGGAAAUGGAAGACCUCGCUGGCUGGCGCCUACCCUCCUGGCCUCUGCCGCGUCGCAGCCCGAGGGCUCAAGGAGGCUCUCGGGCCGGGUGCCCUCCGCCGAGAUGGCGAGCCGGCGCUCGACCCGCGCUGGGAGCGCGAGCUGGCGGUGGCAGCGGGCUUCCCGCAGCCGAAGCCGCUCGAGGCGACCCUGACCAACGGUGGCCGGCCGCCGCAGGGCCUUCUGCUGCCGGACGGGGUCGACAGUCGUCCUCCGACCGGCGACCGACGGGCCGUGGCCAAGACGGUGAAGGUGUCCCCCGGCGAGAAGGGCUACUUGAAGCAGAGGUCGGUGGGCGGGGCCACGCUGCGGCUGUACCAGCGGGAGUACGAGAUGCUCGUGGCCUGGUGGAAGGCGCAGCGUCUCUCGACCGCGAGCACAGAGGCUCACGACGAGGCCCUGGAGCGCUACCUCGACAAGCUCUUCUUCGACGGGGAGCCCGCGAGCCGGGCCAACAACGUCGUCCACGCCCUGAUGUACCACAUCGACGAGGUCUGGGCGAAGACGCCGCACUUCCCCCGGACGCGGCGAGCCCUGCGUGGCUUCCGCAAAGCCUCGCAGACCUGGUCGCGGGAUGGGUGCCCGUGGGAGGCAGCGCUGGCCCUUGCCCACUGGAUGGGCCGCCAGCGAACGCCGUUCAUGGCGAACUCGGCGGCGCUCACCCUCGUGCUCUUCGACGGCUACCUGCGAGCCUCGGAGGGCCUCGGGCUGGGGCGGGACCAGCUCAUCCCGUGCUGGGCUGCCAUGAUCUGCCCGGAAGAGGAAGGGCGCCCUACCAAGAGCGGCGACUUCGACGACACGGUCAUCUUUGGCGACACCUCGGAGGCUCGGAGGCCGCUGCUCACCAAGAUCCUGCAGGUGCUGCACCGGACGACCGAGGCGGGCGCGCUGGUGUUCGACGGCCUCUCUCUGAACUCGUACGAGCGGGUCUUCAGGCGCGGGACCCUGGAGCUCGGGCUCGAGAACCUGCGCCUCACCCCGCACUGCCUUCGGCACGGCGGUGCGUCGACAGAUGGCCUGGACGACCUCCCGAUCGUGCAGAUCCAAAAGAGAGGCCGCUGGAAAAGCCUGGCAAGCUGCAAGCGCUACGAGAAAAAGGGCCGUCUCUUGAAGCAGCUCGACCGCCUGAAGGCGGUGCCAGGCGUCCACGGUGAGACCUCUUUGCAGUGGCUCCUCACGCAGUUUCCUCGGAUCCUUCAGAACCAGCGCGUGAUGAGCUGA